CGGAAAUAGAACUGAUGGACGUUAUUUAAUCAAAUCAAGAACCACCAUUGGUUUUGAAAGAACAGAAUGCCACAGUGCUGGCGGGGAAUAUAUUGGAUCAGGAUGUACAGGAAGUGGAUGGACGCUCAUCGGGGUAUUGAAAGGCGACAAUUCCAUCGUAAGUAAAUAGCCGUAUAUAAGAACACUAUAUAUAUUAGAACACGCCUCGGCAGGCAUCAAAAUGCCACUAAACCCAAAUAUGAUUUUCAGUUUGGGCAAUACUUGGGUCGUUCAGUCGCGGUAAGAAAUGUAAAUUAGUUUUUCUUUAUUUUUUGCUGAUAAAAUUCCCCUAAUGGUAUUAUAUCGAGUAAUUUUUGCUACAACUUGCAACACAAUUUCUGACCUAGAGCUAUGGUAUUUAAGAAGCAGUCAAAGAAAAAUACCAAGCAUUUUGCCGACAAUUUUCAUCAUAUUGCUUUCAUUCGUGUGUUAGCGUUCGCGCCUUCCCUUCACUUUAGUCUAUAGUUUUCUUUUUUCUUUUCUUUGUUAUUUAAAAAUAAAUAGCGAACUAAAACCAUCUAUGUCAUUCUUCAUUUAUUUGUGGUUAACAUGGCUGAAAUUAGCCCACAUCAAUUGCUUUUUGCAUUGUUGGUUUACCAAGUUUGUACACCAACGUGGCGACAAAAAAUGGAAUGUUAAUAUAAGGGCAAGGUCAUUGGAUUUUUGUAACUAGGGUACGACUCGCCCUGAAUCAAAUGCUAUAACUUUUCAUUGUCUUAGGAUAAUACAAGCUACGACUCUGCAAUUUGGACUGCAAAAGGAAAUGACCAGACCAACUUCAAUUCACAGUUCUGGAGUGCUAACGUUACAGAAGUAUGCUUGACCUCGGAUGCGUUUAGUAUUCAAUUUCCCGUCCAGGCUCCAUCACUUCGCAGUUUAUUUUUUCAAAAGAACACAUUAAAUAUAUCCAAAGACCUGUGGAUUAAUGCUUUGGAAGAUGGUAUCACAAAUCCAGCCUUCGAGGGAAAUUGUUAUGAAACUGGUUUCAACGUUGGCGAUCCGAGUUAUGUUCAGGCUCGCAUAGGAAUUGUCAACCUUAACAACUCAGGUAGGAGAGAGCAAUCUAAUAUAAACUGGUAGGAAUUUUCUUUGAGCAUGCGCGAAACAUAGUAACCACGCUCCCACACAAGCAGGCGUGCGAUAAUUGUCACCACAAAAAUUGUUAAAAAAAAUCAAAGCAAAACAAAAUGCGUUCGAAAUGGCGUCUGACGAGCUUCAACACUAGGGCUAAGUUUAAGAAAAAUACUAUAUAGUAACAUUUCUCUAUUUGUUGCAAAGCCAACGCUUUUUCUACCGGCUUGAAAAUGCAAAUAUUUAGUGGCACGACCUGUAACAUUACGAAAUUCGUGUUUCCAAAAUCACAUCGUAAAUCUUGAAUGCUCUUCAUCGCAAAUACGCGACUUACCUUUUGAUCGGAAAUGGUUUCGUUGUUUCGUGGCAACCUUUUCCACAGUUACUACAGCCUUGUACGGCAGGCAGCUGCAUGAAAUCUGCAUUCUAGCGUGUGCACAAAUCAAUUCUAUUUUCAAACUUUAAUUUUAUCUAGGAGCAGGAUGUACACCUUCAGGUCCACAAGCAAUCGGUGUGGGUGUAAAGGUUGCUGGACAAGGUUAUGGCAGCGUGCAUGGUGUUGUGGCUGGUAAUAAUAUUGAUGAAGCAUAUCACAAUGUCAGUGUUUACGUCCGUUCAAAAUCGAUCCAGAGUCAACCAGAGGCGUCUACACCGGCGGCUACAACGGCGCUGCCUACAUUUGUGCCUGGCUGA